AUGGGUGGCUUUGUUCCUGAGGCUACUUCUUCACCGCCUUCUCCUGUGGCUUCUGCUUCUGAGGAUGAGGAUGAUGAUGAUGGUGAUAACAAUGAUGCUUCAGAUAAUGAUGGUGGAGAUACUAGCUCUGCCGAUGAGAUGUGGAAGCUACUAGAGUUUGCAGAGCUGAAGCGAAGCUCUGUUUCAUUCUUUGACAUCGAGAAACCCGAGUCAGCCCUUUCACGCUGGUCAAGGGCAACAAUUAGAGCCGCUCGGGUGGGAAAAGGCAUAUCUAAGGUUGGAAAUGCUAAGGAACUUGCUUCACCACAUUGGCUUGAGGCAAUUGAUCCUCACCAUCGCUAUGGCCAUAAUCUUCAAUUUUAUUAUGCGAAAUGGCUCCACUGUGAGAGUAAACAGCCCUUCUUCUACUGGCUCGACAUAGGAGAAGGGAAAGAGGUCAAUCAUGAGAGAUGUUCUAGAUCGAAGCUUCAGCAGCAAUGCAUCAGAUAUCUUGGUCCGGCAGAAAGGAAGGCUUAUGAAGUUGUGGUUCAAGAUGGGAAACUUAUCUUCAACCAUAGUGGUGAAUUCCUUCAUACAGCAGGAGGACCCGAAAAUGUGAAGUGGAUCUUUGUGCUUAGUACGUUCAAGACCUUGUACGUUGGGCUGAAGAACAAGGGCACAUUUCAACAUUCAAGUUUCUUGGCAGGUGGAGCCAUAUUGUGUGCUGGAAGAUUAGAAGUGGAAGAUGGCAUCGUGAAGGCAGUUUGGCCUCACAGUGGGCAUUAUCAACCGACAGUAGAAAAUUUUCAGGAAUUCUUGUCGUUCCUUAAGGAACGCAACGUAGAUCUCAAUAAUGUAAAGUCAUAUCAGUUGGCGAAACAAUUAUCCAUUAAAUGGAAAACUGAUGCAGGGUCACGAAUUGGUUGCAUGAGAGACUAUCCUCCUGAGCCUCAGGUCCUGGUUCUAGAGCAAGCCAACUUACCCCCAAAAUCAAGAAGUGAUAAUGCAUCAUCCCGGAGCUUUUCUCACUUCAGCUUAAAGGUUCCUAGUCGAUUUUCUUUAUGUAAAGAGACAACUGCAGGCAGAAGUUCCCUUGCUCGAUCGGGAGCAAAUUAUGGUGGAAAUGUUGUCAAAAUUUUGAACAAAGAUCCACAUAACGAAAGUGGAUAA